AUGAACAACAGUGCCCAGGAGAACGGCUUAACGGAGAGCGAAGUAGAAUUAAUAACAAAUUAUGGGAAAAGUUAUUAUACGAACAGUAUAAUGCAGGUGGAGAAGGAGAUAAAGGAACUGUACAGCCGGAUAAACUCAAAGCUAGGCCUGCGUGAGGUAGAGACAGGGCUGGCACCGCCGAUGCUCUGGAAUUUAGCAAGCGAUGCGCAGCGGUCAAAAACCGAGAAGACCUUGCAAGUAGCUAGGUGCUGCAAGGUUAUGGAAGACCCUUCUGGAACAGACAGAUACAUGAUAAAUAUUAAGCAGAUUGCGAAGUUUAUUGUUGGAAGAAGCAAGUCUCUGAACAGAGAGGAUAUUUCCGAGGGGAUUAGAGUGGGCGUGGACCGAGUGAAGUAUCAGAUCAUGGUGCCUCUUCCAGCGAAGAUUGAUAACGCAGUUACGCUUAUGCAGAUAGAAGAAAAGCCUGAUAUUACGUAUUCUGAUAUAGGGGGCUGUGCGGAGCAGAUAGAAAAGAUCAAAGAGGUGGUGGAAAUGCCAUUGGUCAGCCCAGAAAAGUUCAUUAAGCUGGGGAUAGACCCACCAAAGGGAGUUCUAUUAUAUGGGCCACCAGGAACGGGGAAGACACUUUGCGCGCGUGCAGUGGCAAAUAGUGCCAAUGCCACAUUCAUCCGGGUAAUUGGAUCAGAAUUAGUCCAAAAAUAUGUGGGAGAAGGGGCAAGAAUGGUGAGAGAGCUGUUUGAGCUAGCCAAGUCAAAAAAAGCAUGCAUAAUAUUCUUUGAUGAGGUGGACGCCUUUGGAAGUACCAGGUUUGAUGGGGGAAACAAUGAAGUGCAGCGAACUAUGUUAGAGCUAAUUAACCAGCUAGAUGGGUUUGAGUCGCGAGGAAAUAUAAAGGUGCUUAUGGCAACAAACAGGCCAGAUACCCUAGACCCGGCACUUCUUAGACCAGGAAGACUUGAUAGAAAGGUUGAAUUUGCACUUCCAGACCUGGCUGGGCGCAGUGCUAUCCUUAAGAUUCAUACAAAGCCAAUGAGUGUAGAGAAAAACAUUCGAUACGAAUUAAUAGCAAGACUCUGCCCAAGUGCAACAGGAGCAGAAUUGCGCAGUGUAUGCACUGAAGCAGGGAUGUUCGCAAUUCGUGAAAGAAGAAAGGUGGCCACUGAAAAAGACUUUUUAUUGGCAGUUGAAAAGGUCAUCAAGGGAUACGCAAAGUUCUCUUCUACACCAAGAUAUCUGACAUACAACUAAAAUAAAGGGGC